CUAUACAGGCUCCAACCCAAGUUCCAGUGGUUGUGUCUCCUAGGAAUCAGCAGUUGCAUACAGUAACACUCCAAACAGUGCCACUCACAACAGUUAUAGCCAGCACAGAUCCAUCGGCAGGUACUGGAUCUCAGAAGUUUAUUUUGCAAGCCAUUCCAUCAUCACAGCCCAUGACAGUACUGAAAGAAAAUGUCAUGCUACAGUCACAAAAGGCAGGCUCUCCUCCUUCAAUUGUCUUGGGCCCUGCCCAGGUUCAGCAGGUCCUUACUAGCAAUGUUCAGACCAUUUGCAAUGGAACCGUCAGUGUGGCUUCCUCUCCAUCCUUCAAUGCUACUGCACCUGUGGUGACCUUUUCUCCUCGCAGUUCACAGCUGGUUGCUCACCCACCUGGCACUGUAAUCACUUCAGUUAUCAAAACUCAAGAAACAAAAACUCUUACACAAGAAGUAGAGAAAAAGGAAUCUGAAGAUCAUUUGAAAGAGAACACUGAGAAAACGGAGCAGCAGCCACAGCCGUAUGUGAUGGUGGUGUCCAGUUCCAAUGGAUUUACUUCUCAGGUAGCUAUGAAACAAAACGAACUGCUGGAACCCAACUCUUUUUAGUUAAUAUACCAAAGCUUAUGGAUGAUUGUUUGUUAAUUGAACAUUUUCAAUUAUAUGCAAACUGAUUGAUUGAUUCUAAGAUAAAGUCUAAGGAGGUUUCUAAUUUUGUAAUUGUUUUUUUUUUUGAGACGGAGUCUCGCUCUGUCGCCCAGGCUGGAGUGCAGUGGCCGGAUCUCAGCUCACUGCAAACUCCGCCUCCCGGGUUCA